UCAUCAAACUACACCGUUCAGUAGAGAGUAUAUUCAGAUUUCUUAAAAUGAAUUGCUCGAUUGCAUCCCGAUUUUCAGCGACGUUGGGCGGGUGUGCGACUAGGACAACUUAUUUAAGGAUUACCUUGGUUCGAUCUUAUGCUGCGAAGAAAGGAAAAAAGGCUAAGUCAGCUGCUGUUUCAUUAGACCAUGAUUUAGCAGAUGGGUUAGUUGAUUUGGAAAAAUUAAAAUCAAACAUGACAAGUACAGUGACAAGACUUCAACUUGAGUUUAAAGACAAAAUAACUGUCAAAGUCAAACCUGAUGUACUUCACAAGUUAAAAGUGGAAUCGGCAAAUGGAAAAGAAAAGUUUUUGCUUGGUGAAGUUGCACAAAUCAAACUUAAUAACAGCAUGUUCGUGGUGGACUUAAGUAGCUUACCAGAGCUUGUGCCUCAAGCUGCUGAAGCAAUUAAAACAUGGAAUACAAAUUUUGAGCCCACCAUGUCUGGUCAUGUGAUAUCUAUACCCAUUCCAAAAGUUACUCAGGAAUACCGUGAAAACCUGGUCAAAUUGGCCAAGUCAACAAGUGAACAAUACAAACAAAGCAUUCGAAAAAUAAGACAGAAAGGAAUGACUGACAUUAGGAAAAACAAGAAAGGAAAAUCAGAAGAUGAUGCAAGGAUGGUGGAGAAAAUGAUUCAACAACUUACAGACCAGUUUUGUGGGGAAACAGACUUGCUCCUAGAAGAAAAAACUAAUGAACUUUUGAGAAAGUGACUGUGGAUAUAAAAUUUUUUUAUAUAAUAAGAAUCAAACAUAGCAUCAAUACGGUAUCUGACAUGUCACUCUUACCUAAAGUGUCAAUGCAUCACAUGACAUGUUAUGGAACUAAUUUGCAACAAUGGAGGCUGCUUUGUAGCAGAUACAGGCUGUGUUCACACAACAAGGGAAGGGGAGGGUUUUUUUUUGCACAAUAAUAUGCUUGGAUAUAUUUGUCUGAUUUUUAAAUCUCAAAAACACUGAUGAGUAACAGAGUCUUUUCCCUUGUGUUCUAAUAUCCCAUUCUCAGUUUUUGCUUCAAAUUUACUUAUUAUCUGAAUAAAGUUGAGCCAGUUUGGGUCCUGACUGGAUAAAUGAUGCUUUUUCAAAUUGGUGUCAUCUGCCCUUUGACUAAUUAAUAUUCAAAAACUAUGUUAAAAAAUGAAAACUUUGGAUUCAUGUUAGUAUCUGAGGAAAUGUGCAACUACCCCUUCCCUAACCCAACAUUAACUGGAACUUUUUAUCAGUUGGCUGGUGUCGCAUUAGGUGUGGGGUAGGUGCACAGUUGUCCCGGAUGCAGACAGUGACCCAAAACGUUCAUUAGAUGGAAGUUUUCUGGCCAUAUAUCUUACGGAUGGGGAGGAGGAACUGCCAAAGAAUAAUUACUUCAAACCCUUGUGACAAGGUUUAAGAUUUGAAUAGGUAAUAACAUGAUUUCAAGUGCAAUUUGGUUUAAGUAACCACGAGUAAAUUUUUGAAAGAAAACAAAAUUACACAAGCAUAGGGCUCUUUCUUUUCUGCACAUUAUUAGACGAAUUGAGUGUGUGCUGUACAUAUUGAAUUCGUUGAAUUGUCUAAAUCGCAAUGCGCCGUCGUCUAAGAAACUCGAAAACUAAGGUUAGAUGAGGGCAAGAGAAUAUCAACUGUUAAUUUUCUCUUGAUAAGGACACGUAAACAUAGAUAAACUGUUACCGGGUUGUUAUGAAGAUCUGUCAACGGUUUCUGAGUAUUUGAUCACCAUUAGAUUAGCACAGGAAUAAAUAAAUAAAAUUGUGUCUUCUGAGUUUUGAGAUACUUUCAGCACGAGAAGAUAGAAUCCGUAUCCCUAAGCGGCCAUGUAAUAUCCUCUACAUAUUCACAGAUCAUGAGCUUGAUUUCAUGAGGUCAGUUCAAUCGCUCACAAUGCUACAGUUAAGCAAUCAGCAUUUUUACUUUUUAAGAACCUUCGUCAAAGUUAGAGAUAUCUGUUUAUUCAAAUGUGUGUGGCAUCGCUGACUUUCUGCGAGUUCCCGGGUAUUUAGACGAUCCUGCAGACGAGCCAAAAUAAA